AUGCCCCCCAGAAAUAAUCUCGCACCUUGGAAUUGGUCAAAGAAACCAUGGGAAAGAAUUCAUGUCGAUUUUUUUGGCCCUUUGUAUGGAAAAAAGUACAUGGUUUUGAUUGACGCACAUAGUAAAUGGGCUGAGAUUGCUCCUAUGUCGAAUACGACUGCACAAAAUACUAUAGAAAAACUGCGAGGAAUAUUCGUUUGUUUUGGAUUACCACAUACUAUGGUUUCGGAUAAUGGACCUUCUUUUGAUUCAGAGGAAUUCAGGCAGUUUACAGCAAAUAAUGGUGUAAAGCAUAUUCCUACUCCACCAUAUCACCCCCAGAGUAAUGGUGCCGCAGAGAACUUAGUGAAAACGGUGAAAAGCUGGAUUGUAAAAGCAGUCACUUCUAAAUGUGAACGACAGAGCACUAAUAAGUUUUCUGUUCAAGAUAUAAUUCAUAAAUCCUUGUUUGAUUAUUGGAAUACACCUCAUACUACUACAGGCGAAACUCCUGCAAAAUUGAUGUUUGGCAGAGCUUUACGUACCCGAUUAGAUCUUUUAAGGCCUAGUUCAGAAGAACGAGUGAAAAAUCACCAAACUGAUCAAGAAAGGAAUUACAGAGGAAAAUCUAGGAAAGGUUUUGAGAUUGGGGAAAACGUUAUGGUCAGAAAUUACCAUGAUCGAAAUGACAAAUGGGUUGAAGCAGUGAUACUUGAUUAA